AUGCAGCUUUCGUGGCCCAAGCCUCUCGUCGAGUUCUGUAACAAGGCCAUGAUCCUUCACCAGAUCGAGGCUCUUGUUAAGGCCGGUGUUAAGGACAUCGUUCUUGCCGUCAACUACCGCCCCGAAGUCAUGGUUUCCGUCCUCAAGAAGACUGAGGAGGAGUACGGCAUCACUAUCAACUUCUCGGUUGAGACCGAGCCCCUGGGAACAGCUGGUCCUCUCGCUCUUGCCCGUGACAUUCUCGGCAAGGACGAUUCGCCGUUCUUCGUCCUGAACUCGGACGUCACCUGCACCUACCCCUUCGAGGAGUUCCGUGACUUCCACCUUCAGCACGGUUGCGAGGGUUCCAUCAUGGUUACCAAGGUCGCUGAGCCGUCCGCCUACGGUGUUGUCGUCACCAAGCCUGGCUCGACGGUUAUUGACCGCUUCGUUGAGAAGCCCGUCGAGUUCGUCGGAAACCGCAUCAACGCCGGUAUCUACAUGUUCAACCCGUCGGUUCUUGACCGCAUUGAGCUCCGCCCGACCUCGAUCGAGAAGGAGAUCUUCCCCGCGAUCGCUGCCGACCAGCAGCUGCACUCCUACGACCUUUCCGGCUUCUGGAUGGACGUCGGUCAGCCCAAGGACUACAUCUCUGGAACGUGCCUCUACCUCUCGCACCUCACCUCGCAAAAGUCGCCCCUUCUCGCCGACCCGGCGCAGAACAAGUGGGUCUACGGGGGAAACGUUCUCGUCGACCCUACCGCCGAGAUCGACCCUACCGCCGUUAUCGGUCCCAACGUUGUCAUUGGCCCUGGCGCUAAGAUCGGCAAGGGCGUCCGUCUUCAGCGCUGUGUCAUCCUCGCGAACGCCAAUGUCCGCGACCACGCAUGGAUCGCGAGCUCCAUUGUCGGAUGGAACAGCACCGUCGGCCGCUGGAACAUCACCGUGCUCGGCGACGACGUCAGCAUCAAGGACGAGCUGUACGUCAACGGCGCCUCUGUCCUGCCCCACAAGAGCGUAAGUUGGCUUCACAUUGGCAGUAACUGA